UUUUCAAUCAUAAUUGUGAAGUCAUUUAAUUUGAAGUAAAGAAGGAUUCGAAUAUUUAUCUCACGACUUUACUUCAACCUUGAACUAUUGUAUAAAAACCACAAAUUCAAAUGAAUAAAUUCUUUCCGACUACUUAAAUCAAAGAGAGAACAUUUGGUGUAUAGUUUCACAUUCAUUUUACUUUUUCCAGCGAGAAAAUAAUAAUUUGGUCAUUAAAUUAAUUUAAAAAUUACCAAAUAUUUCAUUCAAGACAUGAGCUACACGAAAUUGAUGUUAAGCAAGGGAAGCACAACACCUUGUGAUGACGAUUCGAACUUCGUCAUGGAGCUUCCGGAAUGGGCGGAUGAGAGAAAAAUUAAGAUGGGUCAACGUUUCUUUUCCUUGAACUUCAAUGCCAUGAACCGCACAUUUUCUGCUGGAUUGAUAGCAAUUUUUGCGAUUCCAACGAUUUUAAAAAUUCUCAUAACAACCAAUCAGUCGUCAACAAAGGCGAAAGCUUAUCGAAGAUACAAGGCAAAUGGAAUGCACACUCAACUGACAUAUCAACAUCCAAUUGAACCAGGAACAAAAGCCUGGAAAUCACUGACAACUAUUCGAAAAAUGCAUGCUAUAAUGACUCGUCGAACAUCAAACGCAGGAAAUGGAAUCAUAUCACAAAAGGACAUGUCUGCAACUUUGUUUGUGUACAUGGGUUUCCCAUUGCUUUUCCCGGAGCGUUUUGGCAUAGUUGGAUCACGUGAACAAUUUGAAGCCUUUAACCAUUUCUGGAGACUCAUUGGUUACAUGUUGGGAAUUAAGGAUGAAUUUAAUUGCUGUGAAGAGACUCUUGAAGGUACGAGAAACCGACUUGAAGCUAUAAGAAAAGAUUUGCUUCUUCCUUCACUUGAAUUUCCAAGCAAUGAAUUCGAAAGUUAUACAAAGACUGCUGUUGAGGGGAUGUGGUAUUUUAAUCCUUUGGAUAAUAAUUACAAAGUCUUGAUGUUUAUUGUUAAACGUGCCUUGAAAGUUCCUGGUUACUUCUAUUUCUGGUCAGAAAAUGAUGGACACGUUGAGAAGAAUAAAGAAAUUUUCGCCGACUUAUCACUCUGGGAACGGAUUAGGAUUUUCUCGGAUAUCAUCAUUUACGAACAUUUUUCGAAAUUUGUUGUAUUCCGAUGGAUAUUUAAUUUUAUUCGCUUUGCAUUUGGAAUUCUUGACAUUUUCCCAUUCUUGGCAAUCUACGAGUUUGGUCGUCAAAUUGCAUAUGUCGAGAUUUUAAAGUCUAGAUAAAUGCAAUCGUUCACUGACUACAAAGUUUUAUGCUACAUUUGCUCUCUCUUUGACACAUCAUAACAAAUAAAAAUAAAAAUAAAUUAAACUCGUUAUCAAAGGCUCCAGUUUCUUCUAAUCAGAAAUUGAUGGAUGCGAUUCAUUGAAUUAUAAAAUAUUGAAUGAUUUAAUGACGUCACUUGAAUGAUUAGAUGACUAUUUUAUGAGUAUUUGUUAUUGAUUUUUAUUUCCACUGAAUCUUCACUAUAAUUCGAUUAUCUUCCAAUUUAAACUAUAAGAGUUCUGAUGCUGACUUUGAAUUCGCCAGAAAACAUUGAAAUGGCGAAUAAAAAAUUAAUUUGUCUGAAAAAAUAAAGAAAGAAAUUGUUUACGAGAAUGACAUAA